AAGACAAAUUACGGAAUUACAUCUGCAUUUAGACUCUGCAGUACGUCAGAAAUUGCCGUUCGGGGGAAAAAUACUUCAAUAAGUUGCGUAUGAUUACAUGAAGGGUAAUGGUCAACCCAGCAUAAUGGACAGUAAUGUUGUAAUGGACAGUCUACUGGCCACGGGAGAAGAUCUCUCUCUUGACCGGCCAAAUAUUGACCAACUGAGGCAGGACAGGAUGGACAGAAAUAGGGCUGUCAUGGAGGCACUUGAUCCACAGGCUGCAAAAACUACCAUACCACAGGUGGACAAACUAAGUGCAGCCGAGCAUGCCGCGGUCUGUAUUCAGUCCCACUACAGAGGACAUCUGGGCAGGAAGAAAUACACAGAACUACUGUAUCAGCAGUUUGAAAAGGAAGAAGCACUGAGGUAUGAAAAGAUGCAGAAGCAGUUAGAAGAAGGGGAGUUGUUGGUUGCAAAUCACAAGUUAGAGGUUGAACUGGAUGAUGAUAACACCAAGAGAAGGAACAAGUCAAGACACUUUGAGGCCAGUGCAAUUACGAUACAGCGAGCUUGGCGCCACCAUCACCAGGGUCACCUUGCAGAUACCGCCUCCUCCGAGCCAGAUGAAGCCAGUGAGACAGAGAGCGCAGGUGACCAACACCCCAUCACAUCAAGCACAGAGGACUCUCUGCUAGAACCAGAAGGUCAUCAAGGUCAAAUCUUAGGUCAAGGUCAAAUGUCAGGUCAAGGUCACAUGAAAGGUCAUAGGCCAAGUGAUCAUGUUUCCAAAAUCAAGAACUCUGCAGUGAGUAAGUUGGUCGGUGGAUCAGAGUGUGACUCUGUCGUGUCAGACUACUCAGAAAUGGCCGACCCUGUGCGUGAUCUCUUUGUGGAGAAUGAGGUGAAGAUUGUGAAAAGGGAAGAGCUCGCGGGAGGAAAGAAUUUGUGCACUGGCAGCUCUCUUGAGGAGAAGCCAGAGCGCAGUCCCGAGGAAACGCAGGAAGAGUUCGAGAAGCGUGUGCGUAAAGAGAAUUAUCUCAGUUUGGCCCAGGAAUUUGCUGCCCUGAAGAAGAUCAAUUCAGACGCAUUACCAUUUGACCUUCAUAAGGAGGUCAACAAAAGGGAGUAUAGUCCUAUGAGUGAGGGCAGCUCAGUAGCCUCUGCACCUGUCACUCCUAGUGACCCAGAUAUUGAGUUGCUGGGGGCAACCACCAAUCUGAAUAAACUAGAACAAAAUAUAGCCAAUCAGAACAAAGCUAACAACAACUCAUCAUAUCAGACCAAUGCUAAUGACAAAACAGCCAAUCAGAACACUAAAGAUAAAAUGUCAGCCAAUCAGGAUGUCGCUUCCUUUGUGAUGAUGCCAGAUGUCAUCCCUCAGCCAAAAGUAGCCUGGGGUGAAGGUCCUGCCAAUCAGGAAACCUCAGCACACUCUGGACUGUCACAACCGUCUCACCUAACACAAUCAAAUGUUAGCGCAGACACCUCCCAUGAGAGAUCUCACAAAUUAAUGGAGAAUGGACAUUCUGUGUCUAAGGACAAAGGUGCCAUGGUGAGCAGUGCCAGUGAGGAGUUGGGCGACUUUGACGUGAUUGAGAGCACGCUGCCAGAGUUGGAUUGGAACACCAUAGAGCAGAAGCUGCAGAGAGCAGCAGAGGAGGAGAAACAGAGACUGAAGGCGCGGCGUAAUGACCGCGAGGAGAUACGUCGCAAGCUGGCCAUGGGGACGGAUGAGGAGUAUUAUGGAGGAGAACGCACGUUCAGGAAACCUAAUCUUCAAACACGACUUCAAAGUGGGAUGAACUUACAGAUUUGUUUUGUGAAUAACUCUCUGCCAGAGUCGGGUAAUGUCCCUCCCGUCACAGCUGAGGGAAACCCCCAAGGAGAGGAGAAAAAUCAGGAGGCAGAAGCAGACACUGGAUUCUCCGAGUCCUCAGCGAUUGCCGAGACUACAGCCGAGACCCCUCUCCUGCAAGACAAGCCAGAACCAGAGCUCAAUAAAAAUAACGUCAGCAAGGCGGUAGAUGAUGAGGAUUUUUUUGCUAAACAGGUGCAGUUACAGGCUGAGGCCAGGCUGGCGCUAGCACAGGCCAAGCCAAUGGCGCAGAUGCAGCUAGAGAUUGAAAAACAACAAAAGAAAAAACAGUCUGUUGCAGAAAAAGUAAUUGGUCUGCCAGAUGGAAGGAAAAAACUGACUCUUCCAGUGCUGCAAGAAAUGAAUGUGGCCCAGUUACAGGUGCUGGUGAAUGAUAUGCACUCCCAGAUUGAAAGUUUAAAUGAAGAUCUGGUGAAGGCUUUAAUGAACAGGGAUGACUUUCAUAUGGAACAGGACUCUAUGUUGGUGGACAUUGAAGAUCUGACACGUGGGAGGAUAUGGCCGCAAGCCAUGAGUGAAAAUGUCAUACGUGCUCAAGAAUGCGCCCAGCGCGUGAGCUCACGAAAUCAGCGUCGAAAAGAAAAGGGCAGCAGCUGAUACAUUAAAACCUGUCUCACAAGGAGUUGGCUAAAAACUGGACUUAAUUCCAUGAUGUCACAAAAUAAUGUCACAUCCCUUCACUGGCAUAUGCAUGGCAGUAGUCACAACCACUUGGGAAGCACUUCACUGAUCACUGUAUAGUGUAGAGAAUUUUUCCCCUCUUGGUUGAGCAGUUUUCCAGUUUUAGUCAAGCUUGAAUAUAUACAUGUGCCAUGAAGAUGCAACCAAGAAUCAGUAAGGAAAAAGACAGGGCAGGUGUUACUAUAAGGAUUACGCUUAUCACAGAAACAUUUGGUCAUACAUAAAUGGAGUCUCAGAUAGAGGCGAGAUACAGUCAUUCUCUUUGUAAAUGGUUUGCACCAGUCACUAUGCUGUUCUCCUCCCCAUGGCUGUGUUAUAUACAUAUUUCAUUUUCAGAAGAGGUGGCUUUUUGAAGUAGAGAUUGCAGUAGUUGUGCCGGUACAGCUGUGAAUAUGUGAUUUAACUCUGGAUUGUGCUUGUUGAGACGGACGAACUUCAGGAAGAUGGAUGAACUCCAGGCGACCAUUGGUGCUGAAUUGUGAAAGAUGUCACAUACCUUGGUAUUUGAUAUCUAAUUUGAAUAAUCAGGAACAUGAUGGAAAUUGCCCCUUUAAAGAGAUUUAUUUACUGUUCAUGCAUACCAGAAAUGUUCAAGUAGAAACUUCAAGGUGAUUUGUUUUUUUAUUAAAAUGUUGCAUUUGACAACCUUCCGUAGAUUGUGUCAUGAUGAGCGUUGCUGCUGAAUAUGUGAAAGAUGUCACUUACUAUGGUGUUAUAUGAUCAGGAAGAAGGAAAUUGCCCAUAAAUUCAACCAUAUGGGCCGUAGUGAUAGCCCAUCAUUCAAAUUACUGGUUGUAAUGUAACCAAGGAGCUCCAUAGGACCAGAAGGAGAUGUGCUUGGGAUGAUUUCCCAGAAAAAAAAUGGUCUGAAACUUCAGAUGUAAGAUUUAGUCUACUUAAAAUCAUUUAAUUAAACUACUACUGUUAAAUCUUGGUCUUUGAAUUAAAGGCAACAUAAGAUAUUUACUUCUUCUGUGAAAGGACUCCUGUAAUUGCCAUAUUUGCUCUCAGUGGAAAAAAGGACGGCAUCACUGGAUGUAUUGAGAAGGCAGAAACACGCAUUUUGUAUGUAGACAGGUUCUCCACAAGUAAAUGACAAUAAGGUUGUAGGAGAAACCGUUACCCCUCUGAAAGAGCCAAUCGAAAUUCACUCGAAACUAGAUUGAGGCACAGUGAUGGCUAAGGUGGUGGAUUUGUCACCAUAUUAUUGUACUAUAAAUGGCGCUUCUACACACUUCCAAGAUAAAGCUGUUUAGUGCAGUUAGAAAACGGGCUUUACAGAAGUUGACUUCCAGAUGUGUAACAAAAGACUUGACAUCUUAUUUAAGUACCUAUAAGUGACUUGAUGUUUUUGCUUUCUGAGGAUUCUGGAGUUAAGAUUUGAUGAAACAGGUGCUCAAGUAUUUGUUUAAGUAAUUAUGAUCAUUUAUGGGAAAGUUUGUUAUGUUCUUGCUGCUUUGUUUCCAAAGUACGCUGUAAUUUGGUUUAAUUAUUUUAAAUCUAUUUUUAAAAAACAUACAUGUUACCUUUUUUGCCUCAAAUAGUUUAGAGGAAAUCUUGGUCUGAAGUCACUAAGCAAUCCUCAAGUAUUGGCUUCUUUGUCCAAAAUUCAUGUCAAAUACACACAUGAAGUUGGAAAAUUUCAAUGUAAAAAAUAAUAUUAUUAUUUUAUUAGAAAAACUUAGUGAAACCAGCCACUAAAAUACUAGCAAGGCAGUGCUUACUACAGGACGCUUCCUCAAGGUAGCUGUAAGUGUAGAACUGAGUUUACAUAAAUGAAUUAAUUUAUGAAUAAUGUAGCUGUUAAAAUUCAUUAUAUUUGUUUAUUCUGGUUACCGUUAUGGUAGCAGCGUACUCAUUCACACACUUUGCUCUGUAGGUAGUGUCGUCACUUGAUAUACAGGACUUCGAUAAAUAUGUUGAACUUUAAUUGACUAUAUUGAACUGAAGAUAUGGUCAUGAAUCGAAACCAAUGUGAUACAGAUAAGACACAGUGCAAUAUAGGCAUUGUGCUUUACCUUUUUUAUAUGCCUCAAUUGAAGUAUUCAUACUCGGUGUGAAAUAUGUGUAUGUAUUGUUUAUUAAUUUCAAUGCCUUUAAUUGAGUGCAUUGGCUGUUUAAAGGAUUGCUUCGUUCAUAUCGAUGCCUCAACAGCUUCAGGAUUACAAUGCAUUAAUUUUUAACACGCGGAACUGUUGACGUAUUUCCUCAUGGCGUGAACUAGCUGCUUCAUUUCUUAAUGUCCAUGCAUACCUUUACUUUAACGACUUUUAUUUAGAAUGUAGUUACCACGAAACAUUUAGGUGGGUACUAGUUCGAAGGUGAACGCGUCAAUGACAAAAUUUAGGCGGUUCUAUUAACUGUAUCACAUAUCCCUCUUUAAAACAACAACAAAAAAAGAAAUGGAGAAGCUGGUUCACAUCGGACUUGGCAAUGUUCAUCAUGAUGUUAAGUGAACUCAUUUAAUUAUAACCAUAUUGUAUAAAUUCUAGUCUGCUCGAUUUCAUUGCCUUUCCAAUAAAGGUCACUAGCAGUGUAUUAUGCUAAACAUGAUUAUGUGUUGAAUUUUUAUUUAAAAAAAAGACACGUCCAGGAACCGGGGGUUUGAAUGAUCUCAGACUGGGCUUAUGAAGUUGAUGAAAAUUAAAGUACUUUAUUUGUAUAUGAUUUUGCAUACAAAUUCGUGUAAUACAUAUGCAUAUACAUGACAUCGUAAACGAUAUCAAACAUUUUUCCCCGACAAAUAUCGAUCCGCUAGAUUAAGCCACCAGGCAAACAGAUACAAUUACGCAUGAGUGUGCAGUGGCGAAUCCAACUGCCAAACAACACUCCUUCUAUGUUCAUUUAGAAUUAAAGACAACCACACCUCAUUCAAAAUACAUCUUUCAUAAUAUGAAAAACUAAAAAAAAAUGAUAUUUUGAUGUGUAGCAAACUGGCCAUGUCGGGCGAGACUGAGGAGGAGGGGGUAACUUGACUCCCUUGUCCAAAAGCCAAGCCAUUUAAUUGUUGUCAAUAUCUCAAACUUGUGC